CGGGACAUGGAGGAACCAGGUAUUUCCAGCUGCCUCGUGCAUGCCCUUCCAUGACCUCGCGCUCCCCGUGUCCAAGAAAAGAAGUGAAGUUGAUCGACAGAAGAAAACGAGAGAAACAGCGGCGAGAGCGAGUGUGGGAGGCUGGGGAGUAAACACAGACGGGACAUCAGACCCAAGACGUGGACAGGUAGUGAGAACGGAUCCUUAAAAUCCCUAAGAACAGAGUCUCAAGAAGAUGGCAACACAACAGCAACCCUCAAGGUCAACGCGCCUCACAAGGCACUCGGUCAAUGGCUUCCGGUACCAGGUGGCUGUGAUCACCAAGGGCCGCGCCGUGUUCGUGCAGGCGGUCGAGUGGCUGUACCAAGGGGGGCCGUGUGUUAAGACUCACUUCCUUAGUUUGGGAAACUCAAGAGCAGACUAUAAGCGGAAGUUUAAUAGUGAACAAAGGGCGCUUUUAGAAAAGGGUGCCCCGUUUAAGGAGUUUGACAUCUCUCUUCUCUACAAUAUUCUUCAACUUAUGUGCGGACUGGCUAGCCCCAGUAACCCUGUUUGGACUUCCCCACCUUCGGGUCAACCCUUGGAACAUCUGCUUCAUAAAUUAAAAUUGAUGAGGAACCACAUUGCACACACAAAUGAUGUCCAGGAGAUGUCGGACGAGGAGCUCUUAAAAAAGUUAAGAAAACUCAAAUGUUUGUUGUCCAGAAUCCUUAGACUGACUGGGAACCGAUGUGGAAUACAUCCCCACAUAUUUCGUGAUCAGGUAUGGGAAAUCAAGCAAUAUUUCCAAGGGCUUUUGCAAAGGGUUAGAGAACCUUUGGAAAGUAGUGAUCUGAAUAACUUUCCACAACUACAGCAAGAAAUAAGGGUGUUUCAGGAAGCGCUUAGGAGCAAAAUAGAAGGAGACAGUCGGCAGGAACUUCAUGAUCUCUACCCGCAACUGUGGGAUGUGACUCUCGCACAGUGGCUGUAUCCGGAUCUGAAAAUCCAACCCAGUCUAAACUUCACCAACCUGGUGAUCGUGGAAGACACGUCCACUCUGUCGCCAUCUCAGGAGCAGAAGCAUCAACCCAGUGACAUUUCCCACGAGAAUCUGCUGCAGGUUAAGCAGCGAAAUGGUCGCCUUCCUGAAGUGAUCAUAAUAUCAGGCGAAGGAGGAAUAGGGAAAACCACGCUGCUGAAGCACAUGCUGGAGAUGUGGGUGAGAGAUCCUUCGCAAAUUGAAGGACUUCAAGACGCUUCACUUCUACUAUACUUGCAGCUCCGCGGCUGCACAAUCAGCAGUUGGAAUGACCUGCUCAUAAGUCUCGUUCAGAACACAUUUCAGGGCUCUGGACUUACUACCGAUGUUUUUGUUGAUCUGUUUCUUGCAAUGAACAUUGUUGUUCUUCUGGAUGGUUAUGAUGAGGUGAGCAAGAAGGCGAAGAAACUCAUAACUGAUCUCUUAUGCUACCCAGGUAACAUGCGCAUUGUGAUAACGACAAGACCAGGCUGUGCAAAAGAACUGACGCAGAUAAUGAAGAAUAAAAGGCAGGUGAUUAAUGUUGAAAUCAAAGGCAUACGGAGGGAAGAUCGGCCGCACUUUGUCGAAAGCACUCUGGCUGCGCUGGUGCAGGAUCCAACCCGCAGAGAAGAGAUGAAGGAGAAGAUCGUCACAAAUAUGAAAACCAUUAAUUUGGAAAAAGGGAAACUAGACAUUCCCUUAACCCUGACACUGGCAAUCAUACGUGAGGUUGAGACCCCUGGUCAGAGCUCGCCAGACAUCUAUGGGGAUUUGACUGCCCUUAUGAUGGACAAGAUCAGGGAAAGAUUGGCGCGAAAAGGCAUUGAUGAUGUCGAUGAAAAAGUUCAAGAAUACCAUGAGUUCCAAAAGGCGGUUGCUCUACAAGGUCUCAAGACACGUGAACAUGACCUGUUGUCAGAAACAGUAGAAAAGUUGAAAGCAAAAUGUGGCAGUCUAAAUUUGCCAUACAAGGAAAUAUUUUCUGGAUUUCUUGUUUCAAAGAAAUCCCGACAGGGUCUUUUUAUCACUUUGAUUUGGUCCUUCCCACACAAACAGUUCCAAGAAUACUGGGCUUCUGGUUACAUAACUACACGCCUGUCAGAAAUGCAGAUACCAGAUAUGGCAGAGUUACACGAAAUGCCGAUUUUGACUGACAUUGAUAAAAGAAGAAAGAUUUGUAUGAAGGCGCUGCCUUUUGAUGAAGAGAUCGUAGAAUUCAUGCUGAAAAACAAUCCUAUAUUGCAGGUUUAUGCAGACGGCUUUGAAGAAGCAAAACGACUGUCCUGGAUGAGUAUACCAGCAGAGAGUGUAAUAUUACUGGUAGAUAUUUUGUUUAAUAUCACUCGUAUUUUAGCUGUAUCACAUAAAGACCUACUAGGCAAAGUUGCAACAGCUAUUAUUUGUUUAAUCUUAUACAUUGACCAACUAUCGCUACAAGAAUGUGACAGAAUGUUCCAAAUGGUAAUGGUUUCAGAGCAACAUCCAAAAGUAGUGGAAGUGUGCGCAGGGCUGCUGAGAGAACGGGAAAUUCUCAGUAUUGGUGGGAAUUAUCUGCCAGAGCUUGUGCCUCUGGUAGACCACAUGAAGCAUUGCUCCUUGGAAAUAUUUACAGAAAAGAAAGAUGAAGAGCUGCGACCAAACCAGCAAAUCUACGCCCUCGAACAAUUGGCUAAAAAGGACAUCAGAAUUAGGCUUCACAUACGUUCGAUUUGGGACAAGGACAUGUCUGAGACCUGUCUCAAAAUAUUCAAUUGUCGUGGAACUUUGGCGCAACUGACUAAAUUUAAUGGCCCCUUGUCAGCUUCGGGCAUGGAAUUCCUCCCAGAGAGCCUCAGGGAGCUGAAAACCAAUUCUGAUGGGGAAGGGAUGAUGGCUUUGCUGAAGAGGCUUGCUCUCCUGCCGAAACUUCGGGACUUGGACUUCAGUGGAUCCCUGACGAAAGUUGAGAUAGAGCUCCUGCCAAAAGUCCUUCUGCAAUUAGACGUCACAACAGACGGGGAAGGCCUGCGGGCUCUAGCAAGGAGGCUGCCACAUCUCAAGUAUCUUUACAACCUGAAUAUAUGCCUGCUGGAUUGUCCCCCGGCUGACACACUGCUUGACUUGCCUUACGAGGGGUUCUUGAAGCUGAACUUGCGGCAGGUCACCCCCCCUCACUGGUUGUGGGUGUGUGACGCCCUGCAGAAGCUCCUGACCACGCGGACGGAGAAGGCCUUUGUCACGUUCCCACCUUGCUGUGAUGGGAUUCACCAGGAAGUCGAGGAGGAGCUCGUCCGCCGCGAGACGAUCAGCGUGCGGUCCUUCAUGACCUACCCGACGGAGAUUAAUGUCGAAAGGACAAAAGUAUACAAAAGAGGUCGAUGCACCGUCACGUGACCGAAGAGGAGUCCUCGAUGAAAGUCGUGAGAAACAUGAAAAACAGAUAAAUGUCAAACUGAGGAACGGAUAAAAACGUAAAAGGAAAUGUGAUAAAGACAAUGCUUAGGUGGAUUGCAGAGGAAGCCAAAUCCGGUGGCAACACCAGGUUAGAUCCCGAUGAGAUUGUUAGAUGGAGCCAAUGAGUCGCUCACCCGAAUGGCGGCCGUUUAGUUCGAGAUCCUCAGUUGAAGACGGGAAGGGAAGGAGCCUCGAUACUGGAUAGAUAUAGGGAGCGGAGGAACGGCAAUAAAGGAUGGGAAGGGAAGUGAAGGAACCUCCCAAGAGAAUGGAUGUGAGAAGGGAUCCCCGUGCUCUCCUUUCCGCGACAGAGAACCUCUAGUAGAAUGUAAUUCGUCACGGCGUCCGUAAUUAAAGUACCGGUUUAAUUGCCCUUUUAUAAACAUUUCCUGCAGUUUGAUUAGCCUGUUACACUAGGAUUUAAGGGCGGUUUUCCCAUGCCUCCCCGGAGUUAUUGCCAGCGCACGUCUGUGAACUGCAUCUGACGUCACGUACAUACACUACAUACACAGACAGACAGAAAGGCUGAUGAUUAUUGGAGACGAAUAUAUAAUGGUAUUGAUAAUUAUGAUAAUGAUGAUUGCAAUGGUAACGGUAUUAUAUUAAUGAGGUUGAUAAUGAUAAUGAGGAAGGGGGGGGGGGGGGCAAACAGACAGGAGAUAAUAUUGAAAACGAAUGUACAAUAUUAAUAAUCUUGUUAGAUGUGACGAUAAUGAGUGCCAUGAUAACAACAGUAAUUAUAUUACGGACCAUGAUAAUGAUAGUAGUAUUUAUGAUAAUCAUAAUCAUCAUCAUUAUUAGUAUCAUCAACACCGGUUUGAUGAUAAUUGUAUGGUAAUGAAAAUUAUAAAGAUGAUUGCAAUCCUAAUAGUAAUAAAACUUUAACGAUAGUAUUGAUAGUGAUAUUGAUAUUGAUGAUACCAAAAACAUCAUAACGGUCUCUUUCCAUAUACAUGAUAAACAAAAUAAAAUUGUUUGCUGGCAUUUUCACCCAGCAGAGGAUAUUUUGUAAGUUCGUUAUCCUAAAAGGAAUAUGUGUAUCAAAGAUAUGUGUAUCAAAGAGAUUUUAUGAAGUGAAAUCUAUGGAUUUUUCUCUUUUUAUUCUUCGUUAUUUUUUUUCGUAAAUCUAGUUUUUUUUCACUGGUCAUUGAAGUACACAAUUUACAUCAGUUUCAUUUGAUAAAACCUCAAAAUACCACAAUACACGGCUUUAGCAAAAGUAAAUGAAAUAAACCAUCAUCAUGCCACAAAAAUAAUUGCACAUUUAAAAUUAAUUCACACAGCAGUAACCAAUCCCUAUAUAUUUUCCGGACCGAAUC